AUGAGGAAAGUCAGGUUUAAGAGUAUGAAGGAGGUUUAUGAGAAUAGUAGUGAGGUUAUUGAGUGCAAGAUCGCACCAACAUUAAACGUUGGUUAUCCGGUAAAAGGGCCUUCAGAUGGAAAGAACCACAUUGUUGGGCUGAAUAUGGGAUCCUCUGUCACAGAAAAUAUAUUUGGUAGCAAACAGUAUUCAAGUGAUAAAGCUCACUUGAAAGAAGAAUCUGGGACAUGUGACAAUUGCACAAACUCAUGCUCAUGCUGUAUGGCGGCAUCACUGAUGAGAAUGAAGGCUGAUGUUGGGUUUUCGUAUGAAAACUCUAAGGGAAAAGUAGAUGAUCAGCAUUCUCGUGGUGGUGCUCGUAUGCUAUCCCCUAAGGAUAGUGCACGCAAAAGUAGAACUCUCUCCACCAGCGAGAUUAGCAACCUUCUAAGUGCAUGCUCAAGCCAUGCUUCAUUCUCUGAAAAUGAAGAAAGUAAAGACACUUUGAGAGCAUCUGGUAUUUCUGAAAACUCUGAGAUGCUAGGAGAAGUAAAUGAUCAGCAUACUGGUCUGCCAAAUUGUGGUUUCUCCAGUAUCGUGCUUAAAAAGUGUCAGAAGCAUAAAGAAUGGGAUUGCUUUGGUGAUGAUACCUCUUGCAUUAGUGGUUCAGAGUACACAGACAAGAUUGCUGGUGAUCAUCAUGGUUAUACAGACAGCAAGAACAUAUCAUCUAGUUCAGCCUCAAUUGAGAGUUUUCCUGUAAUUGAAAAUGCUGCUAAUGUUCAACCUGCUCUCUGUUCUUUAGCUAGAGGUCAAUUUGAUACAGUAGACAAUCACCAGCCUCGAAACUCAAUUAAGUUUACCAAUGAAUCUGCACAGGCAAUUGCAGUUUUUUCAAAUAAACCUCACCUACUACAUAUUUCUUCAGCUAGAGAUUUCUAUAUUGGGGCUAACUCAUCAAAGGGAGAACCCUCUGAGUGCUCUGAGGAGCAAGUGGAAUCACCGUUGAUGAGAGCAGCAGCCUUUUGGGUUGAUGCUCAGUUACAUGACUUAGAGAGCCACGCAGAAUCCGUGAAAUCUGAGAUUGGAAGGAAGGAUGGAGAAGCUGCUGUUGCAAAACGUUCACAUGAAAAGGAAGAAGAACCUGCUACACAGGCUCAGCCUGUGGACCAUGAUGAUGAACUGGAUCACAUGGAAGAUGAAGUGAUAAAUGCUAAUGCAUGGGACUCUGGGAAAAUUAAGCGUGUAAAAGUCUGCGAUAUCUGUGGAGACGUGGGUCAGGUGGAGAAGCUUGCUACUUGUAGCAAGUGCAUUGAUGGAGCAGAACACAUAUACUGCAUGCGUGAAAAGCUGGACAAAGUUCCUGAAGGAAAUUGGAUGUGUGAAGAGUGCAUGCUUGUGGAUGAAAAUGGAAAGCAAAAGAAAAAUAAAUUUGAAAAAGAAAACGCUGUUCAAUUAAAGGAGUCAUCCUUGAAUGAGAUAACAAAGAACUCCAAAAGUUCAGGUGCUUUCAAUUGUAAUAUUAGUUUGGGAUCAAAUAAUGAAGGGGCAGGUGUGGAUAAGAACACGAGAAAUGAUAGUUCUACCUGUCUCUUUCCUGCUAAGAGACCAGUAGAUGAUUCAGAAGCAUUCACUGUGAAAAGAAGGACGCCUGAAAAAAGUCACAACCCCUCCGCGCUAUCCAAAGAAUCCUGCAGCAAAGCUGCAAUUUGUUGGGGUUCUUCAUUCAAGGACAUUGAUGAGGGGAAAAUGAAGUCAACCUAUGAAGGUUCUCUUUUGAAAUCAAAAUCAUUUGACGGUAUAAAUUCAAAAGUGGAACUUCAACAGUCAGAGGGUGGUGUUAACAAGCAAAAUUUGGGGAAAGGAACUGCUACCUGUCUCAAUAAGGAGGGGUUUGCCAGGAUGUGGUGCAAAUCUACAUUAUUCAAGAAAGCUAGCUUAGACCAUGUAAAUGCCGCUGACUCCAAGGUUAAAAAGAUCUCUUCUAAUUUUGCUCAUGUAGAAGAAACGAAAAGGCUCAGACAUGGAAAGGAGGAAAAUUUGGUCAUAUCAAAAAAUACACUUCCUAACCCAUUGAUGAAAUCACCGGUUGCUGAUAAUUAUGCUUCUGCAGAAAUGAGGGAUAGAAGAAACCCACUUCAAGGGGAAGCUAGUGUACUGCCUUUGUCUAGGCCCAAACAUCAUGAUGUGGUAGAUGUCCAAGGUGGAUUUGGAAUUCAGAGAAGUGGAAGACUUGUUAGUUCUUGCGAUGGCAUCCAAGCACACAUAUCGAGUUGUGCUUCACCUAAAGUUCAUGAAAUAGUGCGUAAACUGCCCCAGAAAAUUCUAGCAGAGCAAGCAUCUCGCUUGGUUAUGUGGCCAACUCAGCUCCCAGAAAGUCAGGCCAAAGAAGAAAACAUUGCACUCUACUUUUUUGCUAAGGAUAUUGAGAGAGGGAGGAAGAUAAAUAGCUCCCAGGACAUUCCAAAUCCUCAAAGGACUUGUUUUUCUGAGUUGAAUGUGCCGCCAUCUGGUUUGCACAACCUGCAUUCCUCCACUCAUAAGAGUGGAAUUUUGUCUCCCUCAAAUAUUCGUUUCAAUGCUCAACGAACAUCAGACUCUAUUAUCUCACUAGAAGUGCCUACUCUUGCUCUUGCUAGAAUGGGUGAGAGUUGUGAAAACAAAGUUUCUUCUCCACUUCAGAAAUUGUCACAUUUUCAAAGUUCUGAUGAAUGGCUGAGUUCGGGUGGCACUUCAAAGAAGAGUGAGCAGUCGUCCAGGAAUGUGCAACACAAUGGCCCUUCUCAGGACAAUGAAAAGAAAAGGAGAGAAAAAGAAAGUGAUCCAAAUAGAGUGUGUGAUAUAGAUAUGGUGACAGCUGAUGAAGAACAAGAGGGCAAGAGGAUGAAAAGUUUCGAUGGAAUGCUCAAGCAUAGUAGUUCUGGCGACCCCCAUUUUUUGGGUUAUAGAUUGCCAUCUGGGGCAAUUGAUGUCAGUCCUGUUUCUAUUAAGUCCACUCAGCAUCUGGUAGUUUCCCGGAAUGGUGAGAGUCCGUUCGAAUCUGGAAAUCCAAAUCUUGAACUUUCCUUGGGGAUUGGCAAAAGAUUAGCUGAGCAAGGAGCUGUUUCCCUGCCUCCACAGGUCGGGCAUAAUCGAAGCAAAGACACUGAGGAUUCCAAUGAAGUAACAAGCAACAAAAAUGACAAAUUCUCCAAGUUUCUGCCUCUUUCUGUGGCCUCGUCUACUUCCAUCUUAGAGCAAGAAGCGAAGCAGGUUAUAGAACCAAAGCUGUUGUUUCCAAACGUUGAUCCUUCACUUCGGCUUUCACUUUAA